AUGCAGUCCGGUAUCUCCGCUUCUCAAGAGCUCAAAUCUGCCCUAGGCAGCCUCAUAACAUCGACCAGCCAACGCGGUAUCCUAGCAACGAUCCAGAAGGAAACAAUUGUACCCAGCGGCACAAUAUCCUCAAGUGCCUCGACCUUUGUCGACGAUCUCUCGAAUCUCCAGCCCCACGUCAAGGACAAUGCGGCAUUGUACAUUCUCCUCCGUCGCUCCGACAGCCUGAGCAGCUCAGAUAAGAGCCUUGUGGCAGUAACAUACGUCCCCAAUGCGGCGCCAGUACGACAAAAGAUGCUCUUCGCAUCCACAAGGCUGACCCUUGUUCGCGAAUUAGGCGGUGAACACUUUGCAGAAAGCAUCUUCACAACCGAAGCGUCGGAGUUGACAACUGAAGGCUGGGAGAAGCACGUAGCUCACACCGAGUCCGAGAACCCAUUGACCGCCGAAGAGCAGUCGCUGCAGGACAUCAAGGCCGCUGAGGCACUAGAGAGCAGGGGCACACGGGGCCAGAGUCUCGCCCAGGGCGGCAAGUUGGCAAUCCGUGCUGACAACGAAGUCGCAGAGGUAUUGAGGAAGCUGGGCCAGGGAGGUGGAGAUAAUCUCGUGCAGCUGAGAAUGGAUGGUGCGUCUGAGACGUUGAAGCUGGUAUCUUCAUCGUCAGCCACGCCAUCAUCCAUCUCUAGAGCUAUCGAUACAAAGGAGCCACGAUACGUGUUUUACCGCCACAACGACCCGGAUGCGUCGAUUGUUUUCAUCUCGACGUGUCCGAGUAGCGCGAAGAUUAGGGAACGCAUGAUUUACGCUGCGAGUCGCGGCAACGUCGUGUUGCUUGCACAAAACGAUGGUGGUCUCAAAGUGCUGAAGAAGCUCGAGGUCACGAAUCCGGAUGAGAUCACUGAGCAGAUUAUCUUGGAUGAGUUCAAGGAGGAGAAGAAGGAAGAGAGCAAAGGAUUUGCCAAGCCCAAGAGGCCAGGGCGCCGAUGA